AUGGAACCCAACAUCACGAUGCUGCGUGACCAAGGCAUGCCCGAAUCCAGGAUUGUGAGAUUGAUCACAAUUCAGCCCAGAGUGCUGAUGCAAACUGCUGAACGGUUGAAUGAGAUCGUCGCUAUGGUUAAGGAAAUGGGUUUCAAUCUGUCGAGUGGGAAUUUCAUCCUAGCCAUCCAGUCAGUGUCAACGAUGAGCAGAUUGAAGUGGGAACAGAAGGUGAACCUUCAUCGGAGGUUAGGGUGGUCUGAGGACGAGUUCAUCUCGGCAUUCAGAGUGCAACCGUAUUGUAUGAUGACGUCGGAGAAGAAGAUCAAGAGAGUAAUGAAUUUCUUCGUGAAAGAAAUGGAUUGGAAGCCAUCAGAUCUUUCUAGACACCCGGGUAUACUUAUGUUUAGUUUGGAGAAGAGGAUCAUACUGAGAUGUUCAGUCCUUCAGAUUCUAAUGUCAAAAGGUCUUAUUAAGAAGGAUUCCAUUAUAAGAACUGCGUUGGUUGUUGGCGACAAGGCCUUCUUGGAAAGAUUUAUCAUAAAGUAUCAGGAGAUCAUUCCCAAAAUAAUAACAGUGUAUCGAGGCAAAAUGGCAUUUGAAGGAUUAGAUGUCAUAUCUGAAGAUGCUGGACCUGCACUAAAAUUGUAG